AACUGCGCAUCACGACUCGCCCUGUGGCUCAUAUUAGCGACAGAAAUGAACAACUCCAUGGAUGUGAUGUGGAUCGAUAUCUGACCAGCUCGAUUGAUUAUCAAGAAAUCCGUUAAAUAUAUCGGUGUUAUAGACAGCUGGCAGGUGAUUUGUGAAAUAUCGUGUUCCUCCUUCCUGUUAAGGGACUGAACAUUGAACAUUGAGGUUUCUGGCCCGCAGGAGGAGGAGGAAAGCUCAUUCAAUGUCUGCGCUGGCAGCAGUGAAUGGUUCAGCGGCAGCGGUGCCAACAGCCGUCGUCCCAUGAGUUUUCUUUUGGCCUGAGCUGUCUGCUUUGGGCUCCGGCCUGGUUCGUCUGGAUCUCUGUGCCUCCGGCGCCGCAGUCAUGGAUCACCCCAGAGAGAAGGAGGGUGAGAGGCCGGUGAGGAGCAGUAAAGUGGCCCAGGGGCGCAGCGGGCACUCGCGGCCCUCCAGCUCUGCAUCCUCUGGGGUCCUCAUGGUGGGACCAAACUUCAGAGUUGGAAAGAAGAUUGGCUGUGGCAACUUUGGAGAGCUGAAGCUCGGAAAGAAUCUCUAUACCAAUGAGUACGUUGCAAUAAAGUUGGAACCUGUGAAAUCAAGGGCCCCACAGCUUCAUUUGGAGUACCGGUUCUACAAAACAUUAGGCAGUGCAGUAGAGGGUCUGCCUCAGGUCUACUAUUUCGGGCCCUGUGGGAAAUACAACGCCAUGGUUCUGGAGCUGCUCGGCCCCAGUCUUGAGGAUCUCUUUGACCUGUGUGACCGAACAUUCUCCCUCAAGACCGUCCUGAUGAUCGCCAUUCAGCUGAUUUCCCGCAUGGAGUAUGUGCAUUCUAAAAACCUCAUCUAUAGGGACGUGAAGCCAGAGAACUUCCUCAUCGGUCGGCAAGGAAACAAGAAGGAGCACAUCAUUCACAUCAUAGACUUUGGCCUUGCGAAAGAAUACAUUGACCCAGAAACCAAAAAACACAUUCCUUACCGGGAGCACAAGAGCCUUACGGGCACAGCUCGAUACAUGUCUAUUAAUACACAUUUAGGGAAAGAGCAAAGUCGGAGGGAUGACCUUGAGGCCUUGGGUCACAUGUUCAUGUAUUUCCUCCGGGGUAGUCUCCCUUGGCAAGGACUAAAAGCUGACACACUGAAAGAACGCUACCAGAAGAUUGGGGACACAAAGCGAAACACUCCCAUUGAAGUUCUCUGUGAGAACUUUCCCGAGGAGAUGGCCACCUAUCUGCGCUAUGUCCGGCGGUUGGAUUUCUUUGAGAAGCCAGAUUAUGAAUACUUGCGGACCUUAUUUACGGAGUUGUUUGAACGAAAAGGAUAUACCUUUGAUUACUCUUAUGACUGGGUUGGCAGACAGAUUCCCACUCCAGUAGGGUCGGUCCACGUGGACUCAGGGGCAUCUGCCAUCACACGUGAGAGCCAUGCACACAGAGACAGACCCUCUCAGCACCAGCCAUUAAGGAAUCAGACGGCCAUCUCCGACCGCAGAGGAGCUUGGGAGGUUCAGCCCAACCGCCAGACAAACUCCUCCUACCUGACCUCACACCUGGCAGCGGACAGGCACGGGGGCUCAGUGCAGGUGGUGAGCUCAACUAAUGGUGAACUGAAUGCCGACGACCCGCUGGCGGCCCACUCGAACGCACCAAUCACAGCACAGGCAGAGGUGGAGGUGGUGGAUGAGGCCAAGUGCUGCUGUUUCUUCAAGAGGAAGAGGAAGAAGAACACUCCACGGCACAAAUGAGCCUCCGUCCUCUCCGCGCAGUCCGUUCCUUUGGUUGUUUUUAGAGCGUUCAAAUAAAGACAACAGCGAGCCCUCCAAACGAUGUAUGAAAACCAAGAGGCAUGCACACGUUGUCUCUGCGGGGAUCGUCUUUGUUUUGUUUUCGUUUCUUCCACGUCUCGAUUUAGGCAGCGACGGGCCUCGUCCUCGGACUGUCUCUAGGAUCUUCACACAAAAGCUAAGGAUCUCAAAGCACUGGAACAGCGCUGCACUUUUCAUUUGCUGUUUUUUGCUUCUUUUUCGUUCUCGGUGGUGGACGUGCCAGGGAGAGGAAGUCUCUGAAUGUGUCCUCUUCCUCUCGGUGUGACACAGAGGGAGGGAGAGAGACAAAUUCGCCCACGCCGGAGCUCGAACCGCAGACCUUUUCCUCCCCCCUUUAGCACCUCGCUGCCCACUUCCACUCCACACGAGACGAGACGGCGGCUUUUCGUUUUCACUUAACCCUUUUUAAAUGUUUGUUUGUGUAUUCGGUGGCUGAUUGUUGGUUCUCACGCUGCCAGGAAGUGGUCGAAGCCUUAGAAUAUGACUAGCAGAUUUCUUCGUCGUAUCUAUCGGAGUGAAGCGCAAAACAAAUAACUGUCGUAAUGAUGCUAGCUGGCCUUUACACGUGAACUUUGUGAAAGUGUGACAUAAGCAGCUGUUUCCAGUGGUGACGACGGGCACGCCUCCGUUCCACUGACUAGUAUUUAAGCUGCUUGUUCUAAAGCACUCCUCCCACUUCAACCCACCAGCCAGUCAUGCUGCUUUCUCCUCCUCUCUUACGAUAUCGUAUCGCUUUGACGUACAGCUGGCUGCUUUUCUAUUGGCUGAGGUGGCCAGUAAGACUUUCCUUCUGCGCUUUUGUAUCUUUCUGUCCAUGUAGUCACUUAUUAUUCCCACAACCAGUUCCUGAUAGAUGUUGUUUUUUAUGCCUGAAAACUGCUAAAUAUUCAGGAUGAGAAUUACCAUUUCAUGUGCCAGAGUGGCUUGUGGGUCGCAAAGAAACGCCUCAACGUGUUCGUAUUAAGCGAAAGAUGCCGCAAAUAAUGCGAUUAUUGGCCGUUCGGCCUUGUUUAUGAGGCGUAACCUGGGAGGAUGCAGACUGCCACUGCGAAACAUCUCGAUUUAAUGCCUUAACGCUGUUCGGACGGACGUGACGAAAUUCCUCCCAUGCCUUCAUACUGACCUGAAACGUGUCUCAUUCCCUUUAGGAACCUUGUUUGAGGGGGUUCGAGUCACCAAAUCAAAUACGAAUCGGAUUAUGUGGCAGAAAACGUCGAUUUGACGACCCAUCGAAGCAGCCCGUUUGUAAAUUCUGGUGGGGUUGAUAUAGUGGCCAUACGCGGUUCUGAGACGGGGCAGCCCUUGACCUCUUGCAUGGAUGAGGCAGUCCUUUCCUGAGCGCAGGAAUUACGUCAAAUGGGGUUAUAUGUGAAAUGAUUACUGUAGUUCCGUUGUUGUCGUCGUCUUUUUUUUUUUUUUUUUUUUUUUUUUUUUUACUUCAGAAAAUCGCUAAUCUCAGUCGUGAUGUUGCCUUGCUCAUUUUUUUUGUUUUGGGUUUCACCGUUCACCUAUUCACAGCAUUAAAUCCGUGCUUUUAAUUUGUGAUCUUUCUAAUGUAUAGUAAAUGUGAAUUAAUGUAAGAUUAAAUUAUAUGACUAUUAUUUUAUUUUAUUUUGAUCACCGUACAAAAGUUGAGAGAGAGAAGCCAUAGGAGUGUGUGGUGGACUGCACUGAAGUUUCGUUGGGCCCUUGUUUACUGAAUCCUACUGACCUCAUAAAGGAACGGAGGUAAACGGGGCCGUUUGAAGAAUCUACCGUGCCCGCUGUGCGUUUUGGAAAUCCUUCUCGAGGGCCGACGGAUGGAUGGCGUGCUUUGAAUGUUCCUACAAAAGCAGCGACGACUGUGUUGGACCAAAUAGAUACGCAAAUGGCCACAGAUUCUUUAUUAGCAUGUAUGUUUCCACCUCUUAACUCGUCAGUUAUCCAGCCAUCUAGUUUAUACAUGUAAAUAGUAACUUGAAAAGUGACCCAUUCACCUUCUGGAACAAUUUCCACCAUCUAGGAAUGUUGUCGAAUUUCGCCCCCCCCCCCUUGGCAGAUUAUUACCCCCCUAAUAUCGGUAGGUUUAGGAGUAGGUGUGAGGAUUAGGGGCGGAGUUAAGAUUAGGCAAUCCGGUAGCGACUUCAACGAUGGGGGUAAUAAUUUGGCAGGGGCGGGGUUGAAAUUCGCCACAACACCGGGAGUUGCGUUCAAAUACGCGGGUUUCGACUAACGCGUAUGAAACUUUCCAUGUUUUUCCGACGUGACGGUUAUUUAAUAGAUUUUCCUUAUGCUUAUCCACUUUGACGCAAGUCACUUUGGGUCUAAAUUAUUCUGUGAAAAGUACUUGAAUGAUACUCUUGGAAAUCCGCUUCUCGCACACGCGUCGGGCGACUUUUUAUUUAACGUUCUUCUCUUAACGAUAUGUAUUAUGUGCCUCGCUAGAGUUGAAAGACGAUUUAGUAUUUCUGGAUGUGCACUGCUUGCUAUCUGUCGCCAGGUGCUUCUGGCUCGAAGAAGUAUGGUUUUUUUGCAGGAUUUAACCCCUUAAUUGAUGUCCAAAGUCAAAGUGGCUCGUUACGGAGCCACUCGGAAUUGUUUCGUGGAUAUAAACGGAAUGUGAAAUUGUUUGGGAUUUAUGGUUAAGGAGGCACGCACUGGACUGUGCAGAUGUACUUUGGGAUUAUGAGCGGACGGCAAUUUGAGGCGCCAUCUGCUGGUUGAAAAUGACUCGUCCGUGUAAAACACUACACUAGACACUGAAAUCACACUCUGAUAUGCUAUUCGAAGUGGUUUGAUGAGGGAUGGCUAGAGCAGACAUUAUUCCGAUCAUAAUGACUACUGGCUCUCUUGUCAACUGCAAGGUGGUGAUUAAUUCAAACCAUCUUUCAUCUUUAAUUUUCCCUUUUUUAUGAUAUGUUUUUGUACCUUUUUUGUAGCUUUGGUUUUAAUAAAGAUGGUAUCCUUACAAUCAUGGCAUGUGAGGUUUAAAUAUAUUCAAUUAUUCUAUGAAAGUCAAGUCAUUCAGGAAGCGUUCUGGGUCCAUUCCAUUACCUUUUGCUUUUGCGUCACAGUUCUGGUCACUUUAAUGUGCUGCAGAUUUACACGCAGAGAGGUAAAUAGAGUUAUUCUCCUAAAGUUGAAGUUAGUGACAUUAAUGCAGAUUUUAUGUGCAUGGCUUUUGAUUCAGAAAGCAAUGGAAACUACUUGUGUAAAUGGGGCACUGAAGAACAUUGUGGGCAUGAAGUUGAUACACUGUUAUUCUGUGGCUGCAUAAUGCCUUAAACAUGCUACUGCAAGUCUGACCCCUCUGUGCGCUUGAGUUCGGCAGGUAAACGUCCACUGCGUUCUGUUUUGCGCUGUAUACUGUAUUGCCCUUCCAUUGUGUCUGCUACAGAGUCAUAGCUUCUUUUUUUUUUUCCCUCUUGAAAAAUGUAAUCAUUCCUGUCUCAAGAUUUUAGUUAAUGUGGGAGCCUGUUGAAUAUUUUUUUUUUUUAAGAACCACUCAUUUUUAAUGACCUCGGAAUGAUUAUAUUACAGGAGUCUGGUAGGAAAGCACUGCAAUAUUUGAAUUCUCUUUUUCCACGUUUUUUUGUAGUGUUUCUUUCAGUAAGGAUGUUUCUGUAAACAUUAAAAACAAAAUUGUACAGUUCUGCAAGAGUCAUUCUCUUGUUCUGGUCAUACUUACAAAGAUACUUUAAAUUUCAUUGUAUUAUGGAUUUAUUGUGUUGAAAUAUGAAUGUUACUUAAAUGUACUUCAAUGAUUUUACUUUCUCAAGGGCUUCAACUGUGAUGGACCCAUUUUGUUUUCUUCUCCUCUCUCUCUCUCUCUCUCUCUCUAAAUAUAUUUUGUUUUUAAGUUGCAGAAAGAUUAAGGCCUUAAUCUUAAUCUUAUUUAAAAUGCCUAUUUUCCUGAGGAGUCGUAUAAAGUUCCAUACAUAACCUUUCAAAUUAAAUUUUUAUUCCCUCCACUCUUAAAGGGAAACUCAAGUUUGCACCCUUUUUUAUGUAAAAUAAAAGAAAAUGUCUCUUAA